AUGACGAAGGCAGCUUCUUCAACUGAUCAAAAGAAUGGAUUGAAGAAAGGUCCGUGGACUCCCGAAGAAGAUCAGAAGCUUGUCGAUUACAUUCAUAAACAUGGGCACGGCAAAUGGCGUACUCUUCCCAAGAAUGCCGGACUUAAGAGAUGUGGAAAGAGUUGCCGGCUACGCUGGACAAACUACUUAAGGCCAGAUAUAAAGCGAGGCAGAUUCUCGUUCGAGGAAGAAGAAACCAUCAUCCAGUUACACAGUGUUUUGGGAAACAAGUGGUCCACGAUUGCUGCUAGCUUGCCGGGAAGAACAGAUAAUGAGAUCAAGAAUUAUUGGAAUACCCAUAUCAAGAAAAGGCUGUUGAAGAUGGGGAUUGAUCCAGUGACUCACACGCCAUGCUUGGAUAUUCAACAACUCUCCUCCAUUCUCAACUUUUCUCUCUACGACUCACCUCGUGUUAACCAUCCUCCCCACUUUGGAAUGGCAAAUAAUAUAUUAAAUCCAAGCCUCUUAAGCUUGCUCGCAGCUUUCUUGUCAUCAUCUCAGAACCCAGAUGCGUCGAAUCAAACUUUCCAGCAAAAUUACCAGCUGAAUAACUCUAUCCAGACCUUCCCUCUUCAAGAAAACCAGUCUUGUGCUGCUUCACAGCCUCUAUCUCUGGAAUCUCAACUCAUGAGAGACAAAAUAGAUCAAAUGAUCUCUCCUCCAGAUACCACUAAUUUUAGCUACCAAAGUAGCCUACCAAAUGAGGGGCAGUGCCAAGGAGGUCAUAAUUACCCUACCAGUCUUUUGGAGAGUCAUCAGAUUGCACUAAACACCAGAGGCGAGCCGAAUUUCACUUUAGGGUCAUUGAUAUCGUACUCGACACCUUCAUCUUCUACUAGCCCGAGCAAUUUGAAUUCGUCAGCAUCUUCCACAACAUUCGUCAAGGGUGCCACUGAAGAGGAAAGGGACACUUACUGCAGCAACAUGCUGAUGUAUAACAUCUCAAAUGGCUUAAAUAUUGAUGGCCCUUGUAUUUUGUGACUUUUGCGAUGAGAGAGUGAACUGGUGUGCAAAUUGUGGGACGCUUCACAGAUUUGUCAAUACCACCGAAAGAUUUAUUUGUUUGGGUUUCAGACUUGGUUCUGACACAUCCAUAUGAAUCAAUUUACUUCGUACUUGA